AAGAGUUAAAGAAAAAACUCAAGGGGAAAAAACGUAAUUGUGGUUGCCCCCUGGGCUGGGGCUGAGCUCAUCCAAGAAGCCAGUAGGAGCUGGAGGUGGAGGUGAAGGAGACUGUGGCAGUCAAUGUUAUUUGAGCCGGGUCAACAGGCCCUAGAGAUCCCGGAGUGCACGAUGCAGAAGACUGCCUACUAUGAGAACACGUCCCUCUUUGGGGGUUAUGGCUACAGCAAGGCUGCUGACACUUAUGGCUAUGGGUCCACUCAUCAGCCUUACCCACCCCCUGCUGCCCCUGCAGCCCUGGAUGCUGACUACACAGGUUCUGCUUGCUCCAUCCAGACUUCAGCACCAAUCCGUGCUCCAGCCCAUAAAGGUGGGGAGCUCAAUGGUAGCUGCAUGCGGCCAGGUGGUGGGAAUGGCCAGGCUGGUGGGGGUGGCAGUCAACCCCCUGGCUUGAACACAGAUCAGCAGCCCCCACCACCACCUCCUCCACCUCCCACACUGCCCCCAUCUUCACCUACAAAUCCUGGUGGCACUACCCCAGCCAAGAAGGCCAAGGGUGGUCCCAAUGCUUCGGGCUCUUCCUCUGCCACUAUCAGCAAACAGAUCUUCCCCUGGAUGAAGGAAUCCCGGCAGAACUCCAAGCAGAAGAGCAAUUGUACCACUUCAGGUGAGAGCUGUGAGGACAAGAGCCCUCCGGGCCCGGCGUCUAAACGGGUCCGCACAGCUUAUACAAGUGCGCAGCUGGUGGAGUUGGAGAAAGAAUUUCACUUCAACCGCUACCUGUGUCGCCCACGCCGGGUGGAGAUGGCCAACCUUCUCAACCUCACCGAGCGCCAGAUCAAGAUCUGGUUUCAGAACCGGCGGAUGAAGUACAAGAAGGACCAGAAGGCCAAGGGCAUCAUGCACUCGCCUGUGGGUCAGUCCCCAGAACGUAGCCCUCCGUUGAGCGGGGCUAACCACGUGGGCUACUCAGGCCAGCUCCCCCCAGUGCCCGGGCUGGGCUACGAUGCUCCCUCGCCCCCUUCCUUCGCCAAGUCCCAGCAGAACAUGUACGGCCUGGCCGCCUACACGGCGCCUCUCAGCAGUUGCCUCCCACAACAGAAGCGAUACCCAGGGCCGGAGUACGAGCACCACCCCAUGCAGAACAACGGGAGUUUUGCCAACGCCAACCUGCAGGGCAGCCCAGUCUACGUCGGUGGGAACUUUGUCGACUCCAUGCCGGCCUCGGGUCCAGUCUUCAAUCUGGGCCACCUCUCCCACCCCUCGUCGGCCAGCGUGGACUACAGCUGCGCCGCCCAGAUCCCGGGUAAUCACCAUCAUGGACCGUGUGACCCCCACCCUACCUACACAGAUCUCACGUCUCACCAUACGUCUCAGGGAAGGAUUCAAGAAGCCCCCAAACUGACGCAUCUGUAGUGGACUCCGGUCCCGUUGGAAGGCGCUGCAGCGGCGGACUCACGUUUGAAUUACCUCACUUUGGUUUGGGUUUGUUGUUUUUCUUUUUAAAACAUUUUUUUUUGGUUUGUUUGUGUGCCUGUUUUACCCUCUCCCUUCCCCCUUCCACUCCUUUGACGUUCCCUGGUCCUGUAACUUCAAAGGGCCCACAGUCUAGCAGUGGAUGGGUCUCCCUUCCCCUAACCGCUCCUCCUUUGGGGUGACUCUCCAUAAAUCAACUAAAAGGAUCCUCUGUGAGCAUGACAGUGCAAUAUACUGCAAACCAAGGGACUAAUAAUCUGGUAAUGAUGUACUGGAAGGUAAGUCUUAGAUCAAUUAGAAUUAGCAGCGCGUCAUGCUGAGGGGUUGUAGACCAAGUGUGAGCGAUGGGAUCUUGCCUGCAUCGAAGCUUAUUUCAGAGACGUUAAUUUAUAUGAUUCCUCAGUAAUGUAAGGAUUGCAUAGGACUAAAUGAUAUGUAUUUAUUAUUUUAAGCGAGUCAUUUUGUAUCACGGAUUAUUUAUCCUCGUCUUAAUGUAUUUAUGUGUAUAUUUGUAGAGUUUAUUCAGCGUAUCUUCGGGAGAUCGAUUCAGGUCCGCGGUGGCUACGUUUCACCUAUUUAGUCUACUUGGUCUGAACCUAGUUGAGAGAGUAGUUUUGAACAGUUGUAACAGUGGCUGGUGUUUGUAGUUUAUGUGAGGAUUAAUUAAGAUCGCAAAUUGUAAUUCAUUAACAGAGUGGCACAGAACCGUGGCAUUUCGCAAAGGCGGUUUUGCAUUUUCUGAACACACACAGCACACACUACACACAGUUUAUUAAUUUCAAGUUGUCUGGUACCAUUUGAACAAAUACUUAGAAUAAAAAAUACGUUUCUCAGUUAGAAGUGUAUCUCCUUUAAUAAUGCAGCCUUGCGAACAGACCACGAUGCCAUUUUCUUGAUGAUAAACUGGGACACAAAGCCCUUUUGAAGCUGGCGAGUGCUUGAGGAUGGGAACCCAGAGCCCUGACUCCUCCUGGGGGUUACUUGCCUACAUUCCAACCAUUCGAACCUAGAUUGGAAAAAAUAAAAAAACAAAAACAAAACAAAACAAAACAAAACAAAACAAAAAAAACCCUAGAUGGCAGAUAGUAGGAGCCAUUUAAAUAGUGCUAGUUUCAUUAGAGGUUUCCGGAAGGACUCACAAUGCAGCUGCCUCUCUCCUUUGUUGUUUCUACCGUCGCCUUUCUACUAGUCAGGAAUCGAUUUUUUGUAAACUUCAUUUCAAUUUGGGAGGCUCAAGAUUACUUUUGUGCAUUAAAUAAUAAUAUAUUUAAAAAAGGAACUUUGAAAGAAAAUCGACAAUCAAAGAAAAGACACAAGGCACAGGAAAACAAACAAACAGACCACAACCCACCACCCAUAAAUCCCGUGGAUAUGUGCCCAGAAGCUUUUACUUAGAUAAUGCCGUUCAGGAUUCACCACGUUCUCUUUUGUAGUAGCCAGUGGUUCAUUUCUAAGGAAACAAACCUUAAUUCACAAUGUAAAAUAAUAAAAGUUUCAUUAAUGGAACCGAAAAUCAUAAACACCUCGUUUGCUUUUUCCCCUUCUCACCUAGGACGCCAAAGCAUUUUGGGUUUGCGAACAUUUUGUAAAUAUCAUUGAGUUUCAAAGGCUGGGCCCAUUUCAAUUGACACCAUCUUCUCUAAGGGGCGUUCUUUGAAAACGCCUCCAGAUAAGGGUAAAUUCUUUAGUAUUUCCAGCGAAGUCGUCCUACGUGUCUCUCUAUUGGGUCUGACAAAUCCUGCAGCUCCUAUCUCUAACCCCUGGUGACAAGAGGUGAAACGCUUGUUAUGUGGAAAUAUUUUAACUCCUCAUCCUCUGGUCGAACAGCAAUCAUUUCUCCUUUGAUGUUUGUGUUUCGCUGAAUAAUAAUGACUCCAAAUAAUAUUUAGUUUCCUGCUUUCUUUGUGCUGUUUUGAAAAUGGCAUGUUAGGUUGGAGAAUACAAAAGCAUCCUUGUUUCAUUUGAUCCAAACAGGACCUUAUAUUUCAAUAUUCAUGUUGUAGAUGUGUAAAAACAAACCAACAGAAUAAACAGCUUCAAAUGAACGUAUAUUUUACCCAAUUCAAGGCUUAAAAU